AUGUCUUCAUCUUCCGGAUACCAAGCUAUGCCAGGGUGGUACUGGCCAGAUGACGCGCCCAAGACAGAACCCUCUCACGCGACAUCCUCGUCCACAGGUUCUCCGUCCCAGCCACCACCUUCAGGCACCUCCGGUACCAGCGGGAACACUUCAUCGCAGUCGCGCAGCUCUAGACGCACCCACUGGCCGCCUAGACAAUGCAGGAUAUGUCUCGAAACGGUUCAGCCUACAUUCAAUGUUCCCUCACAAAGUCUUCCUGGCUUCUUACAGUCUUCCAAUGUGGUUUACGAAGAUGAGAGCGGUCGUUUGAUUCGUCCAUGCAUGUGUAAGGGGUCGUCCAAGUAUGUUCACGAAGCUUGUCUGCAAGCUUGGAGGCAUGCAGACCCUGGCUACGGACGUAGAAACUACUGGCAGUGCCCUACUUGUGGCUUCAAGUACCGACUUGCGCGUCUAGGAGUUGGGCGUUUCAUAGGUAGCAUUGGUGCUCAGGUUGGUUUAACUGCCAUUAUAUUGAUUUCCAUCAUCUUCGUACUUGGGUUCGUCGCCGAUCCUAUUAUAAACCUGUAUCUGGAUCCAUGGAGCUUCUUGUCCCCUUUCUCUUCAGGAUCUGACUACGCAUACUACUACGAGGACGAAGAGUCAGCUACCUGGUACGAGCACUUUGCAAAAGGCUUCGCCAGCAUGGGUGUACUCGGGUUUCUGAAAGUACUCAUCGCUAGCCCGCUGUCUUACUUCAGAAUCGGAGGCGGUCGAGGUCGAACGACUGGUCGAGACCGGUAUGAGCAGGUUAGCUGGAUCAUCAUCCUCAUAGGUGUUGGCACUUUUCUAGCGGCAAUCUAUAAGGGAGUCCGUGUGUGGAGUCGCCGAACGCUUGAGAAAGCUGGCGAACGAGUCAUGGAUGUCCAAGGCGAUAAUGAUGACGAUGACGAAUAG